UUCACAGUAGCGGUGCUGCUGCUGCUGCGAAGCAAGUAGGAGAACCUCGUCCCGGAUGGUGGUGGACUAAAAACUCGCCACCAGCACCACCAGCUCGGGCCAGACGACGGAAUGCAUCAGCGUGUCAUGUGAAGCGUCGUCGAUAAGCAGAAGGGUUUAGUCGAGUCGGGAUUUUUAUUUUCUAAAGCGACGACCCCAAAACAAACACACAACCCCCCCCAAAAACCCGAAUCAAUAUAAAAAAGGGUCAAGAUGUUGCAAGUGCUAGCUUGUGGCGCCGUAGUUUUCCCCGGCUUGUUCUUCGCCUUCAGGAAGAUCCUGCCUCGAGUGUUCAAGAAUUGGAGUGAUGCCGACGUGGUGCUCGUUAGCGAAAGGUUGGUGUCGUCCAUCCAUGCCGUCAUGGCAACCACAGCAGGAGUGAUCGUGGUGUCAUCGUGCAGGGGCAACGUCAUCGAUGACAGGCACUGGCUGGCCACCCACUUUGUCAUCUGGUACGGCGUGCCCUACAUGACGUACGACCUCCUGGCCAUGUACCUCAGCCACUACCACCGCUUCCGGGUCAAAGGGCACGAGGAGUUCAAGUGCCACUCCCUGACGACGAUCAAGGCCUUCGUGCAGCGGGAGUCGCUGCUGGUGCUGCAUCACAUCGCCCUGCUCACCAUCCUGCUGCCGUUCGCGCUGUUCUUCCGUAAGGACCAGGGAGAUUUCUUCAUCGGCACCUUGUUUCUAACCGAGCUCAGCACGCCCUUUGUCUCCCUGGGCAAGAUAUUAAUUCAGCUGGGCCUGCAGGACGGCUGGCUGCACAAGUACAACGGCGGCAUGGUGCUGCUCACCUUCUUCGCGUGCCGCAUCGCGCUCUUCCCUUACAUGUACUGGGCUUACGGGCGCCACUACGGCAUCCCACUCUACGCCGUGCCCUUCCACCUGUCGCUGGCCUCCAACCUGGGCAACUCCUGCAUCUUGGCGCCGCAGGUCUACUGGUUCGUCCUGCUUUGCCGAAAGGGCUACCGGCUGUACCAGCGCAGUCGGCAGCCGCCCUCGCCCUCGGUUAAGAAGCAGUGAUCUCCGGCCAGCGUCGACACGCAUUCUUAACACAACUACUGUACUUCUCCUAUCUGAGCGCCCACCAUUGUACUGUAGCCCAGGAAGACCGGCGACGUCUAACCCCACCUUGCACAAUUUCACCCUUCAAGUUUGGAAUCUGCUGCUUACAGCGGACCUCCCUUUCUUUCUCUCAAACAACAACUACUACUGAUGUUUGGCAUUUCAAGCCUGUUCCAGCCGGCUGUGGAUCUUGCCGGUGGUUCACACCACCGGACGAGAAGAAAACCAAACGCGUGAUGGACACAAUCUUUAUCCAUUUGCAGUGAAGGUCUGUUACAGUGCGAACGUGCGGUCGCUACGACAAGUAUUUAUUUGUAUCGUUUUCUUUGGAAAGAGUGGCGACUCUGUCGUUGUCUUUCCGCCGACUCACUUUAUCAAUCUGUGCAUCAGUCGUUAGUUUCGUUUCCAAUUGGAUUUCCAAAAAAGAAAAAAGUGACUCAUUUGUUUUUUUUUUGGGAGGUUAAUCAAACUUGCACAAAAAAUAGAAAAGCUACAGAUUGUGGGCUCAGAUCAAAAAUAAGAAAUACAGCAGAAAAUGAAUAAUAUAUAAAAACUCAGUCGUAUAGAAAAUGUAUGGAAGAUACAUUAGCUUGUCCAAUACGCAAUAGUUGAAACAGGAUUGAAAUAUUGCAGGUAAUUUGCAUUUCUUUCCUCUAAAAAUACAUAGAUCUGAGCCUAAAAUUCAGAUUGUGGAAAAUCUAAAUGUAUUUUCUAGUUGAAUCCAGAGAAGGCAAAUUAUACACAAGAUUUUAAUCGCACAGACAAAAGGGGUUUCUUUGAAAUGUGAUAAGCAGUAUUAAGCGAAGAUGACUCAAUGCUAGCAUCCAGGGUAUAUACAGUAUUAGCACUGUAUGCUAGGCGUUUCUGUCGUCCAUAUAUUUAGAUGAAGAAUAAUCGAUUUUAACGUGAAUGAUCCACUGGAUAGCUAAUAUUUAUGAAGUUUUUGCCCUAAAAUAAGCCAAGCCGGUGCCUCAGAAGAGCAAUAAGGUGAGCUAGUGUUAGCUGGUUAGUGCAAGCCUCUGGCAAGACUUUGAGGGCUUUAUACACUUUCAGGUUUUUAGAGAUUUACAUGAUCACAAAUAUAUCUAACCUUUAAACUACUUGACACAAGCAGAAUCUAUCAUCAUUAGCCCCUUUUACCCUAAGCCCACCCUACGUCGCUGUUCUGGAAUUGGGGGGGGGAGGGCGAUGAAGCCGACUCAGCAAUAUUUCAAUCGGAGCCGAAACAGAGCAAUAUCCUGCCGGGUUGUGCAGAAAAGGCACAUUCUGUUUUGACUCCGAUGCGGGUUAUCAGCGACUCGUAGCUACCGCUAAUCAUAUCGUAGAUUACAACUUUUAUUUUCAGAAUGCUGCACUGUUUGGUAGUUAACCCACCAAUUCACUUGGAUUCUGUCGUAUACUGUAAAAGCUUUAUAGAUGACAAACUGACUCAAUGGAUUAACGGGCUCUGUAUUAAACUCCCCCCAGAAAGCUAGAAUCUAUGCAAAACAACGUUAACGGCGCAUGUUUACAAGACCAAUGUCAAGUUCAUUUGAUUUAAGUCUUGCCCUGGUUUGUAUCGUUUAGCAAUUUGUUGACAGCAUUUCCGGUCCUUUUACCACGUUGCAUUCCAGGCAAAACAUUGCUCUUAUUAGUUAUUGAAUGCCGGUGGAUUUGCCGUCGAGUAGCCUUAUUUGCCGUAAUUCCGAUAUUUGUUUUGAACAAAGAUAAUCGCCGAUCUUGAGUUUUUCCAUACAGCCUUUUGGCAAAGCUUGUCGAAAAGGCCCUCAACCUUUUAUUUAUGCAACAUAGUACAGAUAUUUGUAUACAUUAGUCCAAGCGCUGACUUUAAAUCACAAAUCUGAAUAGUGUAACACAUAUUAAUCCUUUCUUGUCGAUCGUCUUAAGUUGACCUAUCUGCUCAGGGUUUGAAGAAGAUAACUUCAGAGGUUGAUAGUGUAUCAUGCCACUGUGACAACACAGAUGGGAAACUAUCAUCACACAGUCUUCUAAUUCUUCCUAAAGUCAUUCUACUGGUUGGCAAACCAAAGACUGUUGGGCACUUUAGUUCAUUCUAGCAUGGUAGUAAUGUGGAGAACAUGCUUAUAUUUAUAGCAAUUGUAGCUUUUGUGUAAUAUCAGUAAACCAUCUCUUCAAAAGGCUGCUAACAAUACAUACAGGUGUUUGGUUUUUUUUUCUUCCUCCCCUGGAUCCUCCCAUUUAUGUCAAAAUGAACAUGAAAAAUGAUGUCAUUGGCUUUGGGGCAGCUACAGGGCGGCGUGAUAGGUGUUAGCUUUAAUGAAAAUAUUCAAUAACCUUCAGUAGUGACAAGCUAAUUACAAAUAAAUCACGGUUAGCUGAUGCUAGACCAGCUAACGCGGGGCCUAUGCUGUGUUGUCAACUAUCGACUGAUGCUAACAUCCUGAUUCUGGGGAUUGUGAUUGUCAAGCCCUUCCAUUUUGUCAACUCAGCGCUCGUUCUAACCAUCUUAGUCGCCUGCGCGCUUAAAUGUUUGCAUUGAGUAUCUGAGUUUCAUGCAUUUUAACAAUGCAACGGCAUUACUGUUUUAUGAUGUGCAUGCAGAUGUUCUGAGAAAAAUGCACAACUAUCAAAGCUGUGAUGUGAGGAAAGGGGGAUCCGCAGACAGCGAGCCAAAAUUGGUUCCCGGUGCCUUGUGAAAAAAAGGAAUGAAGUCGGCAGGCGGCAUUUACAGGUUGUUGCUUUGUGUUUAUCAUCACCAGCAUAUCCUGGAUUAUGCAUACACUUGGCAAUCGUUUCAAUUGCAUAUUUUAAAAAUAUGUGGUAUUAACUUUUGACACCUGACCCCGGUUAAUUUAUUGACAGUUAAGCUACGAUUUUAGGAUUUUCGAUCUAUUUGGUGUUUAUUUUAAUUGAUGGAAAUGAUAUACUUACUCAAAGUCUUACAUUUGGUUGCUGUGCUCCUGUUGUUUUGACUAUUUGUAGCGUUCUCGGAAUUAACUUUGUUUCCCAGACACACCCGGGGUCAGUGAACGCACCGCCGGCACAACCUUUUUAUCUCUUCCUGCCCCGACGACCCCCUGGUUUAUUUUUGAUUGCGUUCUAAUAUUUUCUUUAAUUUUCACUGGUCAAUGGCAAACUUUGACCUUUUUUGUAGCUUGAUAUUUUUGGGGACUGGAUUGCAUUAUGAGAAAAUGUGAGGAAAAAAAAACAAAUGUGAGAGAUACCGUUUCAACUUGGGCACCCCUUUAAAAAAUCAAUAAAUUGAUUUGAUAGUCUUUUGA